AAGACCAAAGGAGUUGACAUUCACACGUGUUGAAAUGAAACUAUCAAGCCUGGUUUUUUGUUGGUUAAUUGCAAACCCAAAAAGCAAUCCUUGUGAUCUGUACGUUUCACUUACUAAAAAUGGUCCAUAUCGGUCAGCUCAAAUACACAAGGAUUUCUUGCUAUUAUUCCCUGGAUGGAAAAGUUCUGCCACUGACGUAUCCUGGACACAAAAAAGAACAAGAAUCGCAACAGACUGCCACAAUACCAUAAAUGACCGAUUUUCCUCAUAAAUAAGUUUCCAUUGAUAUCGAAUGAGAGCCUCGACACUAACAAAAUACCGUGUAAUUUUUUUUCUAUAUAAGAGUCAUUUCAAGCUUUCAUUUUCGUCAAAGAUGGAGAAUUCCUUCCCUUCUGUCUGCACUUUUAUCGCUUUCUUCUUUCUCUUGCUUGUCUCGGCAAGGUCGGAUGUCAUCCAAGAUUCUUGCGACAAGGCUGCAAAGGGAGACCGCAACAUAAACUUUGACUUUUGUGUUGCAAGUCUGGAAGGGAAUCCCAAAAGCAAAACCGCCGCCAGCACUGAGAGUUUGGUUCCCAUCUCGAUUGAGAUGGCCAUAUCUAAUGCAACAAGCAUCAGCUCUAUCAUUUCCAAGCUUUUGGAGAACAAAAACCUUGACAAGUUCACGAGGAGCUGCUUGGAAGAUUGCGCUGAACUUUAUUCUGACGCACAACCUAGUCUAGAAACUGGUGGCCAGGCUGUCGAGUCUAAAGAUUAUGGAACGGCUAAAACGGUCAUAAGCGCAGCCCUGGAUGCUCCGGUGACCUGUGAAGAUGGGUUUAAGGAGAGGGAAGGGUUGGUGUCGCCAUUGACAAAGGAGAACGACGAGUUCUUCCAGCUGACUGUAGUCCCUCUUGCCUUUAUAAAUAUGCUCAAUUGAUGAGAAUAAAUUCUUCUUUGGUUAUGUAUUUAAUGUGGCGCCAGUCACCCCAAUGAUUAAGCACAAUUUGUCCAUCUCUAUUAUGUAUUUAAAAUUUAUUUUGAAAGUUUAAAGCCGUACGAAUUUAGACUUAAGUCUCAAUAUGUGAUAUAUUUAUAAAAUUUAAUAUAGUACAAGA